AUGACGAGUCAGCUACACGACGCGACGGAGCCUGCCGACGCCGACGCGACGGCGACGUACUGCGCCGACGGCAGCGACGCGACGAGCGACGACGAGCAUGUGCCGCACGUGUUCGCGCCGCACUUCGCGCACCGGCACGCGCCGCGCCGCUGCCUGUUGUGGGCGUGCAAGGCCUGUAAGCGCAAGACAGUGACGGUCGACCGCCGUAAGGCCGCUACGAUGAGGGAGCGACGGCGUCUUCACAAGGUAAACGAGGCGUUCGAGCUGCUCAAGCGACGGACGUCGGGCAAUCCGAAUCAGCGUCUGCCCAAGGUCGAGAUCCUGCGCAACGCUAUCGGCUACAUCGAGAGUCUCGAGCAACUGUUGCGUGGCAGCCGGCCGAGCAGCCGAGACGAGAAGACGGACACGCGGUCCAGUAGCAGCUCCUCCGACUACAUGACGGUGAACAGUCCGCGAUACUACAUGGAAAAGCUGCAGCACUACGGCGAAACUAAUUACCAAAGUGUCACGAACGGUCUGUCGCCAGAUGGCAGCAAUGCUGCGUCCAGCCUCGACUGCCUCUCUCUCAUCGUCGAGAACCUCGUACCAACGACGAAGCAGGUUUCCUCUGAUAAGGUUAGCGAGAAGCCCUUAGGGGGACGUACACGUGUACAUACUGCCUAGCUCCGGCAUCAAUGUUUGGUGUGUGUGCGUGAGUUCGCAGCCAUAUUUUCCAUUAUCCCCAUCGGAGAGCAGAGAGAGUACCCUUCACCGGGUUUACUCGAUCGUCGAAUUUUACGGAACACCAAAUGAUACGGACAUUAUACAGAUACCGUCUUAUUUUCGCUCGAUCUAUGAAAAUAAUGUGUGACGAUCCCUUCAUGAUUAUAUCUUUGUGUUUACUUGGCCAUCGUGCUAUUAUCAAUACCCGUAGCUAGCGUAAACUUUAUUUUGAUAAUAAAGGUUGGACUGGUAUUAGCUAACCAUAGAAUGUCAAAAUUAAAACUAAUAUUUCAUUGGCAUGUAUGGCAUGCGUAACUAUUAUUAUUUUUGUUGUUAUCAAGUUUAGAGGGCAGCUCAAAAAUCCUUGUGUAUAAUAGGAAAUGCUGCGAGAAGAAAGAUAUCAUUCUGACCAGAGUACCACAUCAUCGCUGUUUGUCUUACAAUUAAUUACCGCAUGGAAAAUAAUUAUCAUUAUCGUAACGAAUCCGAUACUGAUACGGAAUUUGUUUAAUUUGUAUGGGUGGUAAUAAUUUAGUAUAUGGUGACUCGCGGAGAUUGACUCCGCAGUUCUUCGUUGUAAGCUCGCUACCGCCAUGAAAAAUAAAUGGUUAUCAAAAUUGAGCAUUGCGAACUCACUACCCAAAUAGCUACACGAAAACUAUAAUGUCAGUAUUCUCACAACUCCCACUAUGGCAACUUUUGCCUUAAUCAAAAUUAAACUCAUAAUUAACCAAAUAAAUUGCUCACUUAUCUACUAUGCAUCUGUUUCGCAGGAUUACAUUCUACAUUAGAUAUGUUCAUAUGUACAUUUCAGAAUUGCUACU